GUUAAUUCUGCCUCAGUCUGCGAUCUUUUCUGACCCCACCAAACACCCCAGAAGAAAAUGGCCUCAACUGCAGUUCCGGUGUUAAGAUUUUUCUUCGUGGUUGUCCUGAUGAGCUCCCAGAAGUCAUCGGCUAUCAAAGAGGAACACACCAUCAUCCAGGCGGAGUUCUAUCUUUCCCCAGACGAAAGUGGAGAGUAUAUGUUUGACUUUGAUGGUGACGAGAUAUUCCAUGUAGAUAUUGGAAAGUCAGAGACCAUCUGGAGACUUGAAGAAUUUUCAAAGUUUGCCAGCUUUGAGGCUCAGGGUGCGCUGGCUAAUAUAGCUGUGGACAGAGCUAACCUGGACAUCAUGAAAAAUCGUUCCAAAAACACUCCAGAUGCCAAUGUGGCCCCAGAGGUGACUGUACUCUCCAGAAGCCCAGUGAACCUGGGAGAGCCCAACAUCCUCAUCUGUUUCGUGGACAAGUUCUCCCCUCCAGUGGUCAAUGUCACCUGGCUCCGGAAUGGACAGCCUGUCACCAAAGGCAUAUCAGAGACAGUGUUUCUCCCGAGAGAAGACCACCUCUUCCGAAAGUUCCAUUAUCUGACCUUCCUGCCCUCCACGGAAGAUUACUAUGACUGUGAGGUGGAUCACUGGGGUUUGGAGGAGCCUCUGCGGAAGCAUUGGGAGUUUGAAGAGAAAACCCUUCUCCCAGAAACUAAAGAGAAUGUUGUGUGUGCCCUCGGGUUGUUUGUGGGUCUGGUAGGCAUCGUUGUCGGGAUUAUCCUCAUCAUGAAGGGUAUUAAAAAACGCAGUGCUGCAGAACGCCACCAAGGAGGCCUGUGAGCUGCCUGGAGGUGAUGCCUUCAGUAAUAGUUCAUGAAGAAACUUGUUGUGACAGCAUCUGAGGCUACUCCUUCUCUCAGGUGUUCACUUCAGCAGAGACCAUACCUUCUGCAGUUUCCAGCCUUAAGUCUUGAGAAUGGCAGCAGUUUCUCUGGUCUAAUGUCUGUGUGGGGUUCUCUGUCUCCUCCCUGUAUCUCCAUGCCAUCUUCCAUCAUUUACAGUAAUUCCUCUGUGACAUAUAUUACAGCGUUCUUCCUCUGCCGAGGAACUUUCUGAGAAUGGAGGCAUCUUCUGUUCACUUAUGUUUGACAUUUCUCCAAACUCUGUUCCUUUUUUCCCCAAAUAAUAAACAUGUUAGGUUAUGAAGUGGC